AAAGGCAGUGACAAAACCACCAACCAUUGGAAGACACUCAAAGCCUUUUCUCUUCUCCGUUCACUCUCUCUCUCUCUCUCUCUCUGAUUCUCAGAAUCCCAUUGCGUUUCGCAGUAGAAAACCCUCUUCUCUCUUCCUCUCCGACCGACUGGUUCGCCUCAGUUCAUGGAAUUUCUCAACCGUCUUAGGGUUUGAGGCGUUCUUCAGAUUUUCGGUCGCAUUGCGGAUUUAAUUGGAACUCUAGGCUUCCUAGGGUUCGUGCUUCGCGACCGUCAUGGCCACUCCAUUUGGCAUGUCGGUCACUGCGGCCCAGGUUGGGACUUACUUUAUUACGAAAUAUUACCAGAUACUUCAGCACCAACCUGAUUAUAUUUACCAGUUUUACAGCGAUGCCAGCACUGUGCUUCGGAUUGAUGGGAACAACAGGGAGGCUGCCAAAGGAAUGCUGCAAAUACAUAUGCUUGUUAUGUCUCUACAUUACACUGGAAUAGAAAUCAAGUCAGCUCAUUCCCUUGAGUCUUGGAAUGGAGGUGUCCUUGUGAUGGUUUCUGGUUCUGUGCAUAUCAAGGGCUUAAGUAGCGGGAGGAAGUUUAUACAGAGCUUCUUCCUUGCUCCACAAGAGAAAGGGUACUUUGUUCUCAAUGAUAUCUUUCACUUUAUUGACGAAGAAUCUGUUCACCACCUUCCAAUUGCCUAUUUAGACCAGGGAAAUCUUGAUUCUGAAGUAAUUGCUUCAGCUACUAAUCAAGAACCAGCAUUCAACUACAUGCUGGGUGGAGAAACAUUAAGAGAGCUUGUGGCUCCUGUUGAUAACGAAGAAAAUGGUCCAGUUGGCAAUUACAAUUUCUCAGAGGGACGGCUGGAGCACACCUCUGACGCUGACAGAAUAUUUGAAGACAAUUUUGAGCAGUCUACUGGUUCACUUCAAAAUUCAACCAGCCAUGUACAUGACCAUCUGUCCGCUCAUGUGGAGGAAUCUGUUAGGGAGCCCCAAAAGCAAACUUAUGCUUCUAUUGUUGCUAAAGGACCAUCUGCUGCAACAGCACCUCCUCAGAUGUCUUCUAGCAAGGGCACAUCUUCUGAGUUGGAAUGGAGUCAUGUACCCGAACCACCGAUUCAGCAGUCCAUUGCAUCAUCUGUUGGUGCUGAUCGUUGGGGGGAUGAUGCUGCAGAGGAGGAUUUAGCUCUGGCGGAUGAAGGUGAAAUAAAGUCAGUUUAUGUGAGAAGCUUCCCAUCAACUGUCUCUGCUUCUGAAAUAGAAGAGGAAUUUAAGAAAUUCGGUAAACUGAAGCUUGAUGCUGUGGCAAUUAGAAACCGAAAGGACGGAUUUUGUUAUGCUUUUGUUGAAUUUGAAGAUGUCACUGGUGUUCAAAAUGCAGUCAAGGCUUCUACAGUUGAGAUAGCAGGAUGUCAAGUAUUCAUUGAAGCACGUAGAGCAAAUAGAGUCAAUGCAUUUCAAGGAGGAAGACCAGGUAGAGCUAGAGGCUGGAGUGGCUAUCCAACAGGGGCACCAAGGGGAUAUUUUGGUGGUCGGGGUUCGGGUAGGGGACGUGCCCAUGAUGGGAGCAGCCGCGGUUACAGAAGACCAACACAACGUGGAAUCUACCGACCAGUUUCUGGGCAAGGGAGAGGGCGUUCAAGCGAACCAAGUGCCUAGAAGUAGGCGGCGGCGGCGGCAGCAACAGCAACAGCAACAGCGAGAGUGAAAUCAAGUAGAUGCAGUCGGAAGUAGAAAGUUUUGCUUCUUUAUGGCUCUGAAUUAGUCAAUGGCUCCUUAUAAUAUCUUGGACAUAUUUCAAAUAGAUGCAGUCGGAAGAAGAUAAAUAGUUUUUUUUUUUUUUUCUUUUUUGUCUUGGCAUGGCAAACAAUUUUGCAGGUCUGAUAAAUUGAACUUCUUACUUAGUGUCCUAAUCAAGAUGAAUAUCUUCUUAUGUCACUCCCAAACCCCCGUGUCACAUAGAUGUGUAGACAGUCUACUAGGAGAAACCAAACAACCAUGAAAUCUAAAAUCAUAAGAAGAGUUAGAUUCAACAAAGUUGACAUAUGCU